AUGAAUAUUGUAAAAGCAUCCUUGCCGGAUAGGACCAUUGUCAGAAUAGCUGCUCACUUACCAGACCUCAUUGUCUAUGGAGAUUUUACCCCAGAGCGUCCCUCCAUGGAAUAUUUUGAUGGAAUCCUCAUGUUUGUGGAUAUUUCAGGUUUCACAGCAAUGACUGAGAAGUUCAGUACAGCCAUGUACAUGGACCGUGGGGCUGAACAGCUGGUGGAUAUUCUCAAUCGACACAUAAGCGUCAUCGUGGAAAAGGUGCUGAUUUUUGGAGGAGACAUCUUAAAGUUUGCAGGGGAUGCGUUGCUAGCCUUGUGGAAGGUUGAAAGAAAGCUGCUGAAGAACUUUAUCACCGUGGUGGUUAAAUGCAGUCUAGAAAUCCAUGGAGUGUUUGAGAAUCAAGAGUCGGAAGAAGGUCUGGAUAUCCGAGUCAAGAUUGGACUGUCAGCUGGCCACAUCAAAAAACUGGUGUUUGGCGAUGAAAAAAGUUACUUUCUGGUGAUUGGCCAGGCCGUGGAAGAUGUCCGCUUUGCACAGAGCAUGGCACAGAUGAAUGAUACUAUUCUGUCACCUAACUGCUGGCAACUCUGUGACCGGAGUGUAAUUGAGAUUGAGAGGAUUCCCGACCAAAGAGCUGUUAAGGUUAACUUCCUAAAGCUACCCCCUGAUUAUAAUUUUGAUGAGUUUUUCAUGAGAUGUGUGGCCUACCUGGAUUAUUAUCCUUCAGGUGAUCAUAAAAACAUUCUGAGACUUGCCUCUACCCUGGAGUCUGACCCCAACCUGGAAAUCUCUCUACAAAAGUAUAUCAUGAGAAGUAUUUUGAAGCAGAUUGAUGACAAGCAGCUGAGAGGUUAUUUGUCUGAGCUCCGACCUGUGACGAUUGUAUUUGUCAAUCUGCAGUUUAAAGGGCAGGAGACGGCUGAUGAUCUUGGCCAGGCCAUCCAGGAUUCCAGUGUGUACAUUGAUUCUGUCCUGAAGAACUUCAAAGGCCAAAUCAAUAAAGUCUUUAUGUUUGACAAAGGAUGCUCCUUUCUCUGUGUAUUUGGUUUCCCUGGGGAAAAGGCACCUGAUGAAAUUACCCAUGCUUUGGAAAGUGCAGUGGUCAUAUUUGACUACUGUUCUCAGAUCUUCAAAAUCAAAGUUGUAUCCAUUGGGGUGGCAAGCGGAAUUGUGUUUUGUGGAAUUGUCGGCCAUUCUGUGAGACAUGAGUACACAGGUAUGAUAGAUUGUUUUACCUCUGGGUGGAAUCGAGGCAUGUAAUUUUCUUCAUGCCCAUCUCGUUGCAAAGUCAUUGGUCAAAAAGUCAACAUUGCUGCCCGGAUGAUGAUGUACUACCCUGGCAUCGUGACCUGUGACUCAGUGACCUACAGCAACUGCAGCCUUCCCUCCUAUUUUUUUAAAGAGCUCCCUAAGCAGCAUAUGAAAGGUGUUGCUGAGCCUGGACCAGUCUAUCAGUGCCUGGGCCUGAAUGAGAAAGUACUGUUUGGUAUGUCAUCUCUCAGCUGCAGCAGACAAGAAGAUUACCCUCUACUGGGGCGCAAUAAGGAGAUCAGAUUGUUUCUGCAUAAUAUGAAGGAAUUUCUGCUGUCACAAAGCAGCAAAGUUCUAAUGUUUGAAGGCGUAUCGGGAUAUGGAAAAAGCCAGUUAGCUAGUGAACUAGGUUAUCUGGCGCAAGCUGAAAAGCACAGGGUCAUUGCUAUAGGAUUGACUAAGGUCAGUAUCCAUCAGUAUUUCCACACCAUUCAGUUGCUCAUGGCCAGCGUCCUGGGCCUCGAUACCUGCAAACAUUACAAGGAGAGACAACACAAUCUGGAGGAAACAGUCAAGAAUUAUCUGGAUGAAAAGUUGUAUUGCAUCCUCAAUGACAUUUUUCAUGUUCAGUUCCCCUUGACACGGGAGGCUUGCACAACGAGUGCAGCAAAAAAGGAAGACGAAAUAGAAGCAUUGUUUAUGAACAUCCUGAAGGAGACAAGUAAAGAAGAAAAGCUCAUUUUCAUUAUUGAUGAAGCCCAGUAUAUUGACAUAACCUCUUGGGAAUUCUUGGAGAAGCUGAUCCAGAAACUCAAUGUGUUCCUUAUCAUGUCGCUAUCUCCUUUCGCCAACACCCCCUGCCAAUCUGCUAUUGCCAUCAUGAAGAAUCGGAACACUACCUAUAUCAUCAUUGGUGAGAUAAGUUCAAAAGAUAUACAGUCCAAGGUCUGUCUUGACCUCAAUGUGGCCAGCAUCUCCAAGGAGCUGGAAAUGUACCUAGUGGAAGGAAGCUGUGGGAUUCCAUUUUAUUGUGAAGAACUGUUAAAAAAUCUUGACCAUCAUAAGGUACUCACUGUCCAUCAAUAUCAACCAGAAGAAAAGUCCAAUGUGAGCUGGCAUGCCCUGUUCAAAAACUAUACUAAACCCCAGAUGAACUUAAAUCUAUUUUCUUCCUCUUCCAAUGAGGAUAGAAUAGAAGUGUGUGACAUUGCCUCCGGUGUCAGAUUAAAAAAUAUGUCACCCCCAUCAACAUUAAAAGAAAUCUCCCUAGUCCAAUUAGACAGCAUGAGCCUUUCUCAGCAGAUGUUGGUGAGGUGUGCUGCCAUUAUCGGACAGACCUUUACGACAGCACUGCUUUUUGAAAUUCUCCCUUGUUGGAACAUGAAGAUGAUGGUUGAAGCCCUGGCAACGCUUGUUCAGUCCAGCAUCUUCUAUUGCUUCCAGAGCCAAAAAGAGCUUCGACUGGCAACCAAACGAAGGGGUGCCACUGUAGAGGUACAUCACCGUUCCCUGGCUUUGAAGGCCUCAUCAAGGAUUGAAGGUAGAGAAGAAGAUCAGACUUUUGUACUAGAGAAUGAAGUGACUCAGUGCCACAUCUUGAGAUUCUGCAAACCCAUAAUGCAGAAGACAGCCUAUGAGCUAUGGCUCAAAGAUCAGAAAGCAGCCCUGCAUGUGAAAUGUGCCCGCUUCCUAGAGGAAAGUGCUCACAAGUGUGAGCACUGUGGAAGUGGGGACUUCAUCCCCUACCACCAUUAUGCUGUGGACAUUCGGCUGAAUACCUUAGACCUGGAUACAGUUAAGAAGAUGAUUCAUACCCAUGGAAUUAAAAGGACAAAAGAGGUCUUCACAAACAAAGAAAGACUUUCAAAGAAAUCUGACGUUUUGACAGGCGAUCUCAGCCCUGAAAAAAUAGGAGAAAAGAUCUUGUAUUUCUUCGACAUCACUUUAGACAAAAUAACGGCAGCUGAUGAAAUACUCACCCCUAUAGAAUCUUGUCAGUGUCAGGAGGUACUGGAAUCUGUUUUAUUGCCUCUUGCCUACCAUUUUACAGUUCUAGAAGAAGUGGACAAAGCUUUAUAUUACUACCUAGAAAUUGUAGCUGGUUAUAUCAGCCUAAAUGAUAACUAUUUGGCAUACAUACAUCUGUGUGAAGGAGAGAGAUUGUUAAAAUCCAUGAAGCAUGACAAAUCUUGGUGCCACACUUUUGAGUCUGCCAUCUUUUACACCCUCAAGGGCCAGGUCUCCUUCAAUGUGGGCCAGAUGGCACUCGCUAAGAAAAUGAUGAGGAAAGCACUGAAGUUACUAAAACGUGUCUUCCCUUACAGUUGCAUUUCGGUUCUCCUCCAGACCCAUGUUGAGAAAAGCAAACAUGCCUUUCAUAUGAGUCAAAAGGGACAGGACAUCUGUCCUCCAGGGAAGAAAAAAUUGGCUCAGCUUCACCAGCAAAUCUCUUGCCUCUCCUCAUUAUGGCAGAUCUACAGCUUGGAUGAUGCUUGCCUUUACAAGUAUUUUGCCCACUUAGCUGCCAUGAUGCAAGUGAAUUCUGCACUGGAAACUCAAAACAACUUCCAGAUCAUCAUAGCCUACUUGGACUACUCACUGCACAGCCAACUGGCAGGUUACCAGGGAUUAUGGUUCAAGUAUGAAGUCAUGGCCUUUGAGAAAAUCUUCAAUGAGCCCUUAAAUAGAGAAACUGUGGAAAUAAUUGCUUAUGUGGCAGAAAAAUUGUCUUACAUCAAGUACAUAAUGGGUUACCUAGAUCUGUCUAUUCAGUUAGGCUUCCGAGCACAUGGGAUGUGGCAGUUGAUCAAGGAUCCCAACAGGCAUUAUUUCGUCCUUCAAAGACUCACUGUAGCUCUCUUUCUGAAAAACAGAUACCAGAAAAUGGUCGAAGUGAUGGAUUGGAUGUGGUCAUUUGCUACCAUAGAGGAGCAUGCCAUCAGCCAAGGACUUUUCUAUGAUAUCUGUCUCGACAUCCUGCUUUAUGGUGGCUUUAUUUAUAGGACCUUUGAAGAAUGUCUGGAAUUCAUAAAUGACCGAGAAGAUAACAAAAUCCUCAAAUUCCACAGUGGCCUGUUACUGGCUCUUUAUUCGGAUGUAGCAAUCUGGUUUGCUAGACAUGAGAAGUGGGAAAAUUUUCAAGUAUUUUUCAACAAAGCUAAAAAGCUGGUCCAGAGAAGGACUCCCUCAGUCCUUUACUGCUCAGGAUUUAGUAAAUUCAUGGAAUGCCAGGUUCUUUGCUUCCAAAAACAAAUUCAAGACCAAACGGAGAAUGUCCAGGACAUUGGAGUUGAACUACUCAAGACUCUGGAGAAUUUGGUAGCUCAAAGUUCCACGGGACCUAUCUUCCACCCAAGGAUCUACCACCUGAUGGCUUACGUAUGCAUACUAAUGGGAGAUGAGGAGAACUGUAACCUCUUCCUGAGAACAGCUUUACAGAUCUGUGCUAUCCAAGGAAAUGUACUGGAGAAAAUUUGGCUAACCAUCAGCAAAAAAUGGUGGUACUCUGACAAAGUGUCUGAGGAAGAUAGCUGGCUUCAAAUAGUCUUACGUCUUCCAAGGUGGAGCGAAAUAGAAUUUGAUGAAAACAAAAUAAAGGCUGUUGAACAAAACAAAUUCCGAUUUAAAAUCACUAUCAUGUAG